CAUGUGCCGCUACGCUUCUGCCGGAGACCGAAAGACCGAGGGAUUGGGAGCGCUCUCAGGCAUGAGCCGCGGCCAUGACGGAGAAUUUGAAGACUCGGUUUGAUUUCCCCUGCCCCGUCAUCCAAGCCCAGGCGGUGAGACAUCUUGUAGCUGCCGUGCUGAAGGAAAAGGGACCAAAUGGGCAAAUCGCCCAAUCCCACAGCCAGGGCCCUGCGCUGGAGGCCCUGUGGCAGCAGUGCUGCGGGGACUGCGCCCUGCUGCGCUCGUCCUGCUGCGACGCCGUGGUGCUGCUGGUGGAGCAGGGCCACGCCGACCUCCAGCACACCCUCAACAGCGUGCUCAACCUCCUGCCCUCCGCCAGAAAUGUCCAGGGGCUCAUAAAGGUCAUCGGGCGGCUGCUGCAGAUGCUGGCUGACCAGAGGGACGGGGAAACACCCUUCACCUGUCCAUUUUCCAUCAGACUCAGGCCUCACCCGUACAUCACGGCUCUGGAGAACCGCGCCGACUGCUGGCCCGCCCUGCUGCUGGAGAUUGAUGACUUCAUUCGGCAGGCAGAUGACAGGAACAAAACGUCCUACAUCGCCAUGCUGGCGCCCUUCCUCCGGUACCUGUACUGUGAGCCCCAGAGGCAGCCCCAGCACGCUCUUCUGCGCCAGGGCCUGCUCAGAGUGCUGCUGACCAAGCAGCAGGGAACCGGACCGGACCCCCUUAACAACAAGUCCUCGGCCGUGUCCGAGUCCAUGCUGCUCUGCCUCUGCACGCUGGUUCCAUAUAUGCAGCUGGACAGUGUGGAGGCAGUGCUGGAGCUCUGCGGGGUCGUAGAGACCCUCGUCCAGCCCCUGACCGAGGCUCCGGGGGCCUGCUGGCUGACCGAGAGGGCGGGGCUGCUCGUGCAGCUGCUGUGUGCGUGCCAGCGAUGCCUCCAGCUAAACGGAGACUGCCGUCCACUCCUCAACCUGAUGCAGCGGCUGCUGCCCACCUGCCAGCAGGAGGCGCCCGUGGACGAGCUGCUGCUGGGCGUAGGCCUGCUCCUGCUGGACGCCCCGCCCGCUCAGCAGAGCAGCCUGCUCAGUCUGGCUUUGAGUUUAGUCCCUGAAAAAGAGGGGCCGUGCCCCUGGCUGAGUCCAGUCCUGGCCCUGCCUCUGCUGCAGCUGCUGUCCUGCUCCGGCCUCACCCAGCCGCUGUCUGACCACAGGACGCACCGCCUCAACCACAGGCUGGCCCACAGCCUGCUGGUCAGCAUCAGCAAACCUGCAGAACAAGUCCCACAGGUAACCGUCCAUCAGCCCCUCUUCCCCUCUUAUAAGCCUGGCCCAGCUCUGGCUCUAUCGGUCAGCGACUGGUACAGUGAGCUGACCGUGGCUCUGUCCGUCCUGCGCAAACUGGCCCAGGAUCCAGUGGCGGCGGCCGAUUGGCUGCUGGCGGUUCGUUCUGCCCUGUCCCCCGGCCAGCGCCCGCCCCCCUCCCUCUCUCUGGUCGUGACUCAUCUCAUCAUCACUGGCCAGGAGGACGUCUGCCAGCUGGCUCUGACCGCCGGCCAGGCCAUCGCUGCUGCUGACCCCUGCCAGGUUCCCUCCCUCCUCUCGGUGCUGCUGUUCAAACUGGCAAAGGAAAAGAACCCCAAACUGGCUCAUGCUGUGCUUAACUGCCUACCCAACCUUGGGACUCACAAGCUCUGUGUCCCCCUGGUGCUGCAGACCCUCCACAUGCUGGCCAGCUCUCCCAGGCUGAGGGCUGUCGCCGUGCGUCUCAUGACCACUCUCUGGAAAAAACAGGACCGAGUCUACCCGGAGCUGCAGCGUCUCCUGGGCCAGCAGGACUCCGGGGGGCCGGGGGGGCAGGAGGCCCAGUGGGAGCAGCUCUUGUGCCGGGCCGCCUGCCUCAGGGACAUCUGCAGAGAGAGGCCGUACCAGCAUGGAGGGGACAUGUUGGCUGCGAUUUCCCUCACCCUGAAGCAGUGCAGCAAACCAGACCUGGCAACCCCGGCUGCCUUAGCCCUACAGGGCUUACAGGAGCUGUGCCGAGCAGAGGUUGUGGACAUAAUCUCCACCUGGAAAAGUCUGGGUCCAGAGCUGAGCGGCGACUCUCGUCCACUGAUGGUUAAAGCCAUAGCGGAGCUCCUGGCCCUGGUCCCUCAGCUCACCGUCAAGUCAGAGGAGAUCCUGAUGUGUCCAGCUGUGGCUACAAGGCCUUGGCAGGCUUUCCUGAAACGGUUCACACUAUACCUCACCUUCCUGCUGCGACCAGCCACGGAGAUCCACGAAAAUGAGGAGAAGGAUGAAAAGAAGGAGGAGGAGGAGGAGGAGGAGAAGGAGAAGGAUCUCUCCAUUCCAGGCUCAUCUUACAUGAAACUGAUGGCACUCACCUCCGUUUCUGUUCUGCCAGCCUUUGAGCUCUUCCUGACAUCCUUGGUGAAACAGGAGAUGAGUCUGAUGCCACGGGGGGUGUACUUCUCGGCCCUGAGGGGGGGCGGUCUGCGGUCCGAUCAGGGUAAAACGGUGGCUGGAAUCCCGUCGUUCAUGCUCAAGACCUACGAGAAAAACAAGCAGCCUGGCCUGAAGCCUGGGCUAGCAGCUGGACUGCUGCUGUGUUAUGAGCUUCCUGUUCAGACGGACCGUGACGGCAGGCCGAUCGAUCGCUUUCUGGUCAGCAGAAGCCGCAGCUACCAGCAGACCCUGACCGCCCUCGUCCACGAAGUGAACAUCCAGCCCUCAGAGUGGCACCGGGCCCUCCUGCUGCCCCAGGCCUGGAGGGCUUACAUGAGCCGGGCUUUCCACGCCGUCCUGCAGGGUCGACGCGCCGACUUGGAAAUGCAGCAGAAACAAGGCAAAGAGAACCCUCAGGAGGUGCAGUACCAGCAGCACUGUGCCUGGCUGUGGGCCAGAGAUCAGCUGACAGAUGUUAUCAAAGCUGCUACAAAAGAAAGUCCUGUUGUCCAGGGGAACUCCAUCCUGGCUCUGAGUGGCCUGGCUGCUGUCCUGGCUAAGUACGAGAGCAACCUGCCGACCGAUAGCAGCGGGAGCCUCGGAGCUGGACCAGAGUUUGUGCCCACGGCCAGCUGGUUGGGCAUGGUGUUUGACACUUUGCUCAGCAUCAUCAGCAGCAGCUACAAGGCCAAAGGACAGGUGUUUCCCUGGUUCCCACACCGCUCGUACUCCGGCGAGAACACGGCCAGCGCCAUCGCCCGCUCCUGCGCCGGCCUGGCCCUGGCCCUGCUGGUGCCCGUGCUGGUGGUGUGGCGGAGGGACGGGCUGGUCCAGGUGCUGACCGCGCUGCGGGCCGGCCUGCCCGGCUCGGCCACCGCCGACGACUCGCAGGCCGUCCAGUUCCACUCGGGCCUGGCGCUGGGCAUGGUGCUGUCCAGUCUGCACCAGCAACGCCUCAGCACUGGCUGCAUGUUGGGUCUGGGUCUGGUGCUCUCGUCACUUUGCACAAGUGGACAGAUGGACCGAAGCCGAGUGACCCAAACCCUCGACAAACUACUGGCCAGCCUGCAGGACAGCAGCGGGCAAGGACGCAUGCUGCAAGAGGUUUUGUCCUACUCCGUGGCAUGUGUGGGCGUCUCCGCCUUCAGUGGAGGUCUUAUUGACGCCGACAAGGCUGAAGAGCUCAUGAACAGUGUGCGCACGCUGACGGAGGAGAGCCAGCAGACCCCGGGCUUCUCUCUGGCUCUGGGCCUGGUCAUCCACGGCCUGUCGGUGAGUGGCCACGGUAAAGCCGAGGACAUCCACCCUCGCCUGCUGGCCGCUUGGAUCAAGAUCCUGCUGGCCGAGGGCUGUCCCACCAUGCAGCGGCUGGCUGCUGCCAAUGGGCUGGUGGCUCUGGUGGGAUCAGAGAGUUACCUCGUUCAGCUGAAGAGCGAGCUGGAGCUCUCCACCCAGCAGCAGAGCAGACUGAACGAGGUUAUUCGUGCCAUCACACAGGUCCAGAGUUUUCCCAUCCAGCCGUGGUUAAAACAGCUCUGGCCUCCUUGGCAUCGGUUGGAGGCGGUUUCCAGUACCCCCCCCCUGAACUGGAGCGCUGUGUUGUCUCCUCUGAUGAGGCUGAGCUUCGGAGAGGAUGUCCAGCAUCAGUGUAUGGUGCUGGCAGCAUCUCAAGCUCAGUCUUCCAAAAACGCCUCUCUCUUCCUGGGCUCCUGGGUGUCACCCCCCCUUGUACACAGUGUCAGUCCCCGGACCCGAGCCCACCUCUACGAGAGCCUGGGCUCAUGGAUGAGGCACGUGUCCGAGGAUAAGCUGCAGGUGUGCGUGGAGAGCCUGGGCCUGCAGCACUUCCAGCAGGACCCGCGGCCCCAGCGGCCGGCUCUGUGCCGCGCCCUGCUGCAGGGCCUGGCUCAGGCCAUGGCCCUGCCAAACCCCCCCAGCAGCUGCUGGACCAUCCUCUGCUCCACCACGGAGAAGAUCUACGCCCUGCUGCCCGACAGCCUCCAGGAUGCAGAGGUGGAUCUGUAUGUGGGCGUCGCCAAGUGUCUGUCUGAGAUGUCGGACACAGAAAUCGACAGGAUCGUUCAGGUUUCAGAGGCUCAGAUGGAAAAGACCUGCUUCCUCCUGUCCUACCUCACCUCUCAGGGCAGGCUCCCCCUUCUGAGUCUCAAUGAUGUCAUCGCGGGGGUGCUGCGUGGCUGGCCCAGCCGCAGAGUAGGCUGGCUCCUCCUGCUGACCUUUUACCAGUCCGGUCUGGCUGCCGGCCCCAACACAGGUGUCUCUAAACAGAUGGAGUGGCUCCUGGAGCUGAUGGGACACAUCCGGAACGUUGCCUACGGAGCGACCCCCGUGGACUGUGGAGACACCAGGCUGGCCACAGACUUCCUGUUCCAGCUUUUUGCAGCGGCUGUAGUUUCCUGGGGUGACCGCUCCAUGCCCCUCCUCUUUGGCCUCAGGGCCCAGUGGUUUCCAUGGGAGCCCGACUCCAAGCCCGCGUCAUUAACACACAGUUUGUACUUUGAGGAGUCGCUCCCGGACGGGGCCCUGCCCCGGUGCAUGCUGGCCGUGUCCCACAGCCUACCCCUGCUGCUGGGUAAAGAGCCCUGGAGCGCCCAGACUCACAAGUUUAUUGACUGGCUCCUCAGCGUGACAGAAGGUCCUGAGCAGAAUCUGUCAGCCUCCACCAUCAACACAGCCAAAGCUGCUCUCCUGGCUCUGAAGUCCUCCGCUGAGUUCAGGAAGAAAGCCGUGUGGACCAGGGCUUAUGGCUGGUAG